AUGCCGGCGUUUCUUAAGUAUAUAGACAUGGAAAACUUCAAGUCCUAUCGUGGUCAUCAUUGUAUAGGACCUCUGAAAUCAUUUACAGCCGUGGUUGGACCAAAUGGAUCUGGUAAAUCAAACUUCAUGGAUGCAGUGAGUUUUGUGAUGGGGGAGAAAACAUCCCUUCUGCGUGUUAAAAGGCUGAGUGAUCUUAUUCAUGGAGCAUCUAUUAACAAGCCUGCAUCUAGAAGUGCAUCUGUAACAGCUACAUUUGUUCUGGAGGAUAUGUCUGAAAAGAAGUUUAUGCGGUCUGUUAUUGGACAGUCUUCUGACCACAAGAUUGAUGGACAGUCUGUGUCAAUCAGUCAGUAUUUGGCAGAAUUAGAGAAACUGGGCAUCAAUGUGAAGGCCAAGAAUUUCUUAGUAUUCCAAGGCGCUGUGGAGAGCAUUGCCAUGAAAAAUCCUAAAGAGAGAACCGCACUCUUCGAGGAAAUUAGUGGGUCUGGUGUCCUCAAAGAGCAAUAUGAGCUAUGCCGAGCCGAGGUAAACAGAGCAGAUGAAGAAGCUCAGUUUUCCUACCAAAAGAAGAAGGGAGUUGCAGCAGAAAGAAAGGAAGCAAAGUUUGAGAAAGAAGAAGCUGAAAAGUAUACAAGGCUCAAAGAGGAAUUACAAAUACAAAAAGUGGAACUGCAGCUGUUCCACUUGUACCACAAUGAGAAAGAGAUUCAGUCUUGUGAAGAAGACUUGCAAUAUAAGCAAAAUGAGUUGGCCAAGGUAGAGAAGAAGAGGCAAAAGGCUGAGGAAACCCUUAAGGAGAAGAAGAAAGCAUCUGGAACGGCCCAAAGGGAUCUGGCGAAGAUAGAGCAGGAUAUAAGAGAAAUUGAAGCAGAGAUCUCAAAGAAGCGACCGACGUUCAUAAAGGCGAAAGAGAGAGUGACUCACACGCAGAAGAAAUUGGAGAGCGCCGUCAAAACUCUCGAGCAAGCGAGGAAGGCGCACGAGGCUCACCAAGCCGAUAUACGCAAGUUAGAAAGCGAAUUACGCGAGAUCGAGGAACAGAAAGCGACCUGGGAACAGUCAAAUGUGGGGACGAGCACCUCCCGGGCUGACGUUCACCUCGAGGAGGCACAGAUCCGCGAAUACGAAGAGUUGAAGAUGGAGGCGUCCAGGCAGGCGGCGCGGUAUCUGCAAGAGCUGGACUCCGUCAAUCGGGAACAGAAAGCGGACCAGGAUCGUCUGGACAAUGAGCUACGUCGGAAAGGAGAGUUCGAAAACAAGCAUCGCCAAAAGGGCCACGAGAGGAACGAAGCCAUGAAACGAGUAGAGAAGCUGAACGAACACAUCAAGAGCUCUGAGCAGGCUCUCGAGGAGCAGAGGAGGCUGCGGGCUGAACUGCAGGCGGACGUAGGUUCGUGCCGCGGCAAGGCGGCGGCGCUCCAAUCCGCGCUCGAGGAGGUGGCUUCGCAGCUGGGUGACGCGAGAGUCGACAAGCACGAAGAGGCAAGGAGGCGCAAGAAGCAAGAGAUCGUGGAGAGCUUUAAAAGAGAGAUUCCGGGGGUGUACGACCGCAUGAUCAACAUGUGCCAGCCGACCCACAAGCGGUACAACGUGGCCAUCACCAAGGUCCUGGGCAAGUACAUGGAGGCCAUCGUCGUGGACACGGAGAAGACGGCGCGGAGGUGCAUCCAGGUGCUCAAGGAGAGGAUGUUGGAGCCCGAGACGUUCCUGCCCCUGGACUACAUCCAGGCCAAGCCGCUCAGGGAGAGGCUUCGCGAUAUAAAAGAACCGAAGAACGUGAAACUCCUCUUCGACGUGCUACGCUUCGAGCCCCAGGCCAUCCAUCGAGCGGUUCUCUUCGUCACCAACAAUGCUCUGGUCUGCGAGACCCCCGAGGACGCUUCCAGGGUCGCCUAUGAUCUGGAUCGCAACAAAAACAGCAGAUAUGAUGCGUUAGCGCUGGACGGCACUUUCUACCAGAAGUCCGGAAUCAUAUCUGGUGGAUCCCUGGAUCUGGCGCGCAAGGCGAAGCGUUGGGACGAGAAACAUCUCUCGCAACUGAAGGCCAAGAAGGAAAAACUAACGGAGGAGCUCCGAGAGUCCAUGAAGAAAUCCCGGAAGGAGUCGGAGUUGACGACGGUAGACUCGCAGAUCCGCGGCCUCGAGUCCCGGCUCAAGUACGCGCAGUCGGACAGAGACACCACGUUGAAACAAAUUAAGGCCCUGGACGCAGAGUUAGAGGAGCUUGAACGAAAAAUGGACACGUUUGGACCGCAAAUAGAAGAGAUAGAACGCACGAUCCGCACUCGCGACUCCAAGAUCCAGGAGAUUAAGGAGAACAUGAAUAAUGUGGAGGAUGUGGUCUUCCGCGCCUUCUGCAGGGACAUCGGCGUAGCAAACAUACGACAAUACGAGGAGCGAGAGCUGCGCGCUCAGCAAGAGCGAGCUAAGAAGCGAAUGGAGUUCGAAGCGCAGAUCGACCGCAUCGCGUCCAAUCUUGAAUUCGAGCGAUCCAGAGACACGCAGAAAAACGUAACACGUUGGGAGAGGACGGUGCAGGAUGGCGAAGACGAACUGGAAGCGAACAGGCAGGCAGAGGCCAAGCAGAGGCAGGACAUCGACAGGGAGCUGAGAAAAGCGGAGACCCUCAAGAGCGAGAAGGCGGCGAGUAAGGCCGCUCACGAGGCGGCCGAGGAAGCCGUCACGCAGGCGCGAAAAGACCUCGCAGCGAUAGCGAAGGACAUCGCAAGCGUCCAGAAGCAGAUCGCAAGCAUCGAGGCUAGGAUCGAGAGCCGUCGCUCCGACCGACACAAUAUACUGAGGCAGUGCAAGAUCGACGACAUACUAGUGCCGCUUUUGGAGGGUAGUAUGGAUGAGACCGCCGAGAGUGAAUCCGAUCCCUCGUCCAUGUCCACCACACAAGCCUACAUGAGGGAAUCUAGGAUCCGCGUAGACUACAGCAGCCUCUCCGAAUCGCUUAAAGACCUGGAGGAGGCGGACGAGAUCAAGCGCAAAGCGGAUAAGCUGCAGAAGGCGAUCAACAGCCUUCAGAAUACCGUCGACAAGAUACAGGCUCCGAACAUGAGGGCGAUGCAAAAACUGAAUGAAGUCCGCGAGAAAGUGAACGCCACGAACGAGGCCUUUGUUGCUGCUAGGAAGAGAGCGCACAAAGCUAAACUCGCCUUUGAAAAGGUGAAAAAGGAGCGCCACGACAAAUUCAUGGCGUGUUUCGAAUAUGUCGCCAACGAAAUCGACGCAAUUUACAAGGCCCUCGCGAUGAACCAGUCUGCGCAAGCGUUCCUCGGUCCGGAGAACCCAGAGGAGCCCUAUCUUGACGGAAUCAACUACAAUUGCGUCGCUCCGGGCAAACGAUUCCAACCCAUGUCCAAUCUCUCUGGAGGAGAGAAGACCGUUGCCGCCCUAGCUCUCCUUUUCGCGAUACACAGUUACCAGCCGGCCCCCUUCUUCCUGCUGGACGAGAUCGACGCUGCCCUGGACAACACCAACAUCGGAAAGGUAGCUGCCUUCAUCCGAAGCAAGCAGAGCUCGCUGCAGACCAUUGUCAUCUCACUCAAAGAGGAGUUCUACGGGUGCGCUGAUGCUCUUGUGGGAAUAUGUUCUUUGCCCGGCGAUUGUCUCGUGAGUGACGUCAUAACUCUAGGCCUUGAGCCAUAUCCAGACUGGCCAAAUCAGAAGAUGUAA